UUGAGCAGAAGAAGACAUCUAGAGAUUGGAAUCAUCCGUGUCCCUCUCUCUCAUCUCUCUUUCUCUCUCUUCCCUCGGUUUCCUUACUAAUUACUUUAACCCAAUAAUCCAAUAACUACAUACAAAGUUGAACAAUACCACCAUCAUAGCGCAUCAUCAUCAGAAUUCCAAGGGGAAUUGUUGAUGUGGUGGUGAGAAUGAUGUAUGGGGAGUAGAACUACCUGGAGGGUUGUUGGUGUUGAAGAUGACAAGGGAGCUGAAAGAGGAAUGCCGAGCUUCAAUUCUGAGUUACCCAAUUCCAAUUCAUGAUAGUUGCUAGUACCUAUCAAUUGGUGGUUUUGUUGAGACUUAUUUGAGGUUGAGAGAUUUUUGUUGUAAGCAAACUUGCAUGGCUUCACAAUGCAUUGAUGCCUUGGAAUCUUGUGUGGCAAUGUUGAGACUUCUCUCAAAAACCAGGAUAUGUUACAGCAGAGUCAUGAUUCAAUGCUAAAUGAACACACAACUCGUUUGAAGGAUCAUCCUGCCAAUCUGGGGUCUUGGCUGAACAGGGUUGAGGAUGUUACAAGAGUCUGGGAUCAUUGCUGACCAGUGACCAAGGUCGAGGAUGUUACCAAGAGUCCAAGACCCUUGCUGCUAGAACCUAUACAGAGGGGAACACAAUUGAUUCUUUUCGUGUUUCUGACUUUGGAGCAUUUGAUCAGUCAUAUCACAUAGAGGAUGCUGUUGACCUCAGUGGAAACCCAGUUUACAAUUCACUAAAGGUAAAUAGCCAAACAAUUUCUCCGGGUUCUGUUCACAUUAGUAGCCUUGGUCAGUUGCCAAUUUCACUCGAAAAAAGCCCAUUGACAAAUCAAACAGAGCCACCGCAUAGGUUGCGAUUACAGAAGGUUCAAUCAUCAAAUCCUGGCACAAUAUUAGUUGGUAAUACAGAUAACUGGGAGGAGUCUACCAUGGCUGAUGCCAGUCCCAGGACUGAUAUUUCUACAGAUGGUGACACUGAUGACAAGAAUCAUCCGUUUGAUAGAAAUCAAGCCCUUACUGCUGUUUCCGACUCUAGUGACAGAUCGAAAGAUAAAUCAGAUCAGAAGACUCUCCGCAGGCUUGCUCAGAACCGUGAAGCUGCCAGAAAAAGCCGCUUGCGAAAGAAAGCGUAUGUCCAACAGUUGGAAAGUAGUCGUUUGAAGCUGACCCAACUAGAGCAAGAGCUUCAGCGAGCUAGGCAGCAGGGGAUUUUCAUAUCAAGCUCGGGUGAUCAAGCACAUACAUUGAGUGGAAAUGGGGCAAUGCAAUUUGAUGCAGAAUAUGCUAGGUGGCUGGAAGAGCAGAAUCGACAAAUUAAUGAGCUAAGAGCAGCUGUAAACUCUCAUGCAAGUGACACUGAACUUCGCAUGAUUGUUGAUGGUAUAUUGGCACAUUAUGAUGAGAUUUUUAGGCUGAAAGGUGUUGCAGCUAAGGCUGAUGUUUUCCAUUUGCUGUCUGGCAUGUGGAAAACACCUGCUGAGAGGUGUUUUUUGUGGCUUGGUGGUUUUCGGUCAUCUGAACUUCUCAAGCUGCUGGUAAGUCAAUUGGAGCCUCUCACAGAGCAGCAGCUGAUGGGUAUCACCAACUUGCAGCAAUCCUCUCAACAAGCAGAAGAUGCGUUGUCUCAGGGCAUGGAAGCAUUGCAACAGUCCCUUGCAGAGACUUUGUCCACCGGAGCACCUGCCUCAUCUGGUUCAUCAGGGAAUGUGGCAAGUUACAUGGGUCAAAUGGCCAUGGCCAUGGGCAAGCUAGGGACACUAGAAGGGUUCAUUCAACAGGCUGACAAUCUUCGCCAGCAAACUCUUCAACAAAUGCACCGUAUACUGACAACUCGCCAAUCAGCUCGCGCACUCCUUGCUAUACAUGACUACAUUUCGCGUCUGCGUGCUCUCAGUUCGCUUUGGCUUGCUCGCCCUAGAGAUUGAUGGGUGCAGUAAAUAUGUCAAAUUAGUUUUCAUGGAUCCAUCACCAGGAAUACUUGGUCAUCAUAGGUUUUACUCUUGACAAGUUUUCUUGUGUUGAUUGUUGUAGUCUCUGUAUCACUGAUGUUAGUGCUUCAUUGAGUCACAUAGUCUAGAAACGAAAUUGGUGACAAGAAGUAUGGAUGUGUCUACUAAUAAUAUUCACCAUUGUAAUUGAAGGGCUUUGUUUUUUCCAUAUAAAUAUAGUUGGGCCAUAUGAUAUAUUUUUUAAGGUUUGUUUCAGUUGCCAUAGUUUUCCCA